AUGGAAGAAUAUAAUGAGAUUAUUAAAAAAGAUAUCAUAUAUACAAAAGAAAUUGCUGAAAAAAUUAUAGAUAAUUUUAAUAAAGAAAAUAAUAUUUUUGAAAAAGAAGAUGUUGUAAGAAAUAUGCAUAGUAUUGAUAAGAAGAUAGUAAGUCAAGCAUUGGAAGAUUUUGAUAAAAUUGUAUCUAUAAUAGAAAAUAAUUUAAGUUUAUCAAAAACAAAACAAACAAGUGAAGAUUAUACUAUUUCUUUUAUAAAUAAACGUUCAUUUAUUCAGAUGAUGUCAGAAAUGUCUAAUAUUAUUGAUAAUGAUAAUAUAGAGCUUAAUAAUGCCUAUAUAAAACUUUCUCAAGAUUUAGAUGAAAUAAGAGGAAAUAUAACAAUGUUAGAAAAACAAUUAAAAUAUAUGAAAUAA